AUGAAUUAGAUAAGAGUUCUUUAGAUUAAAUAUUCUAUCGAUUAACACGAUUAUGUUGAAUUAGCUUGUUUGAAUGAAUAAUGUAAAGCUAAUAGAGUUUAUUGUCAUUAAUGUCUUAGAAAUGGAGAUCACAUUGCUCAUUACAAAGAUUAAAAAAGUUUAAAGGAACUUAUUGAGUUUUUUCAUGAAUUUGAGAAAGAUACUGAAAGUUUAAUAUCAAAAUUAAAUAUGAUGGUUAGAGAAAUAAUUGAACUGUUUAUGCAAAGCAAAUACAUUAAGCUUUAGAUUAAGUGAUCAAAUAUCAAGAAAAUAAAACAUUUUUAUUAUAAGAAGUUAAUUAAUGUUAAGAUGAUAUGAUCAUUCAAUUAAAAAGGAGCAUUACAGAUUUAAAACUAGAAGAAUUAAAUUAUUUUGAAUUAAAUCAAUAAGAAUAAGAAAAAGCAGAUGAAUUAUAUUAAAAAGGUAAAUGAAAUAAAUAAUUAGGUUAUAACUUAUGCUUAAUCAUCAAUUAUCAAUAAUCUUCCAUUUGAAAGAUGAAUAUGAAGAAGCUAUUAAAUUAUUAGAUGAAGCAUUAAUCAAUGAUCCUAAACAUAUCAGCUCAUUGUAUAUAAGAGGUAAAUAAAUCAUACAAGAAGUAUUAGCUGAAGCUUUAAGUAAUUAUUAUGGCUCAAGAAUUAUAAUGAUGCUAUUAUAUGGGCAGAUAAAACUUUAUUUAUUGAUCAAAAGCAUGUGA